GUGUCCAGUUCAGCGCACCUCGAGAGACUUCUUACACGAGCGUGUUGGUGAAAUGUUACAUAAACAAGGGAAGCAGACAAUAUUGUUUUAGAUUUAAUCGUUUUAACUUUUCUCAGAGCCAAAGCAUAAGCGUACUGGUAUAACAGCUAUCUAGUGGCUUAGUUCUGAGAAAUAUGUUUUGCUUACACGCAACAUGUUUCAGGCUGACUCCACCUGCUGGCUUGUAAGCAUCUUGAGCACAUUAUUACAUUGAACGUCAUCGAGUGUGUGUGCUGUCUCUACAUUAGUUCAGCUGACUCUGAAGAAGGUGGGUCAGUGCGUCAACUCACGAGUUUUUAUUUAAAUAGAUUCAGUAGGAAGGAUUACAUCGUCAGAUAUUUCUUUCUCCAAGCUUCAGCAUCGAUCGUGUGAAGUUUUCUGGAUUUCAGACAGCGAGGGAGGUAAAGAAGAAUGUCAAGAUCAGAUUACCCUCCAGGUUACGAUGAUUCCCGGCUGCUAUCUAACCCUCAGCCUGGAGGAGGUUACCCUGCUUCUGCCCCCGCGUAUGGCUUCAACUCAUACCCGGGACAGCCGCCUUACCCACAUCCUAAUGAUCCAUACCAGCCCAAUGAUCCAUACCGUGGACAGCCUGCGGGAUACCCCCCGCCAAGUCUACCUGUCAUCCCCGUCAUGCCUCCUGGUGUAGGUGACAAUGAAGGAUUUACUACAUCAGGAGGAUUCGACGACAUUAGUGUCCGUCACACAUUUAUACGAAAAGUUUAUAUGAUCCUCGCCGCUCAGCUUCUUGUCACAGCUAGCAUUGUUGCUAUUUUCACAUUUGUGGAACCUGUAGGAGACUUUGUGAAGAAAAAUCCAGCCAUCUAUUGGACUUCAUAUGCUGUCUAUUUUGUCACACACUUAGUAUUGGUUUGCUGUCAGGGACCCAGGAGGCGUUUCCCAUGGAACCUGAUCCUGUUGGCCAUUUUUACACUGGCCUUAUCGUUCAUGACGGGAAAUAUUGCAAGCUAUUACAGCACUAGGGCGGUUUUCCUGGCCCUGGCCAUCACUGUUCUUGUAUCUGUCGCAGUGACUGUGUUCUGCUUCCAGACUAAGGUGGAUUUCACUAAAUGUUCAGGUUUUUUCUGCGUCCUCGGAAUUGUAGUGUUCGUGACUGGCAUCAUCACAGCAAUCGUGCUGUCAUUCAAAUACAUCCCAUGGCUUCACAUGCUCUAUGCAGCAAUAGGGGCCAUUGCAUUCACUCUGUUUCUGGCCUAUCAUACCCAGCUGCUCAUCGGAAACAGGAAGCUCUCCAUCGGCCCAGAGGAGUACGUGUUUGCAGCUCUCUCCCUUUAUGUUGACAUUGUCCAGAUCUUCAUCUUCCUCCUGCAAAUUAUUGGAUAUGCAGAGAGAUAGAAGCUUUAAGCUGGCCGACGGACCUUUUCUGUAUUGUCAUAAUGGCUUUGUUUAUGCACUAUGCAAUGUCUUCUCAAUCCAGACCUAAAUAACAUAUAGAUAUCUAGCUUGAUGAAACAACUGGUAAGGGAUGAAUAUCAUUUUCAUGAUUUACUAACCGUAUGCAUAUAUUCAGAGAAAAUAUGAGUGAUAUUAUAUUGCCUUUAAUGUAUUCUUGGCCUCAUGUCAUGGAGAUGGAAGCUGUCUAUUAGAAGUGGAUUUGUAUUAUGCAAAUUUCUACUGUAUAGAUUUAGAUUUGCUGUAUUUACUAUAGAUAUUACGUUUGUGGUACAUUUUGGGUGAGGGUAUAGCUUUUCUGCUGUGUACAUAUAAUCUAACUAUUUCAGUUCAUAAUUUAGAGUAUUUAUCGCAUAGACGUCUUUAUUUACAAUAUACAAAUCAGAUGUUUUGCUUUAAUAAAUGUCUUAAUGAAUUUGAUACUACACUUAGGUAAAUGUCUCAGAUUAUGUGAUGUUCAAUGGUGCCUUUCCUUUGUUUAGCACCAAAGAUACAACGCUAGUAAUUAUAAAAAGUGUUAACUAUGUUUAAAUGGAUGGUUAAAUAUUUGAAUUUUUCUGUAUUUUCUGUUACAAUGUUCUCAUGCCACAUGUUUUGAAGAAAAUGUGGCUAAAAUUCGAUAUGUAAGCAUCGUCAUUGUGAGGAUCAAUCAAUAAAAGAAACACUAGAGUAUUAUUUGGUUAUUUAAAUGAUUUUAAUAGAUAAUAGAGGUUGCUUGUAAUGUUGUUCUGUAUGCUUAUGAACAAGCACGGUGAUGACUGCAUCAAAAUGUGUAAAAGACGUCUUCAUCAACUCCUCAUCCAUAAUAAAUGCUUGCUUUCUA